AUGGUGCACUACGGAUGCACGAAAACUGACAGUGGUGGAAUCGAAUGCUUCGUUGAGUUCAGUGAGACACCACGUUGCUCGAUAUCCUUCUCUCUUGGCACUAUGACGAGAUUCGUCGAGAUUCUUGCGACCAUAGGAUCCUUUCUGCUGGUGCUCGUUACCCUCCCGUUCUCGCUGUGCUUCACGUUCAAGGUUGUGCAGGAGUACGAAAGGGCUGUCGUGUUCAGAAUGGGACGCUUGAAGGGCGCAGCUUGCGGACCAGGAACAUUUUUCGUGAUGCCAUGCGUGGACAACUGUGUCCGAGUUGAUCUGAGGACGGUGUCUUUCGACGUCCCGCCACAGGAAGUCCUCACCAAGGACUCCGUGACAGUGAGCGUCGACGCGGUCGUGUAUUAUCGCAUAAAAGAACCACUCAAUGCCGUAAUUAAAAUAGCUAAUUACAGUCAUUCCACUCGACUGUUGGCCGCCAGUACGCUGAGGACGGUCCUUGGAACGAGGAACUUGGCCGAGAUCCUAUCCGAACGCGAAACAAUCUCGCACACUAUGCAAACGUCUCUUGACGAAGCCACGGAUCCUUGGGGUGUCAAGGUCGAACGCGUAGAAAUAAAGGACGUUCGCCUGCCAGUGCAGUUGCAACGAGCAAUGGCGACGGAGGCAGAAGCCGCAAGGGAGGCUCGGGCCAAAGUGAUUGCGGCGGAGGGAGAGAUGUUGGCUUCCCGAGCUCUGAAAGAGGCCAGCGACGUCAUUUCCCUAAGUCCAGCUGCCCUUCAGCUGCGGUAUUUGCAAACGUUGAGCAACAUUUCCGCGGAAAAGAAUUCGACCAUCAUUUUUCCGCUGCCCGUCGAAUUUCUGGCUUCGUUCUUCACGAGUAAUUUCCAUGCCAAGGAAAUACAGGACACUCCUCAAACGUCACCGGAGCUGCUGCCUUCGAAACAGUUGAAGGUUCAUUCGGAAGCUGAUAAGAACAAGUUUAAAGCAACGAAGUAGGAAGGUGAGGAAUUACGUAUGUAAUUACGUAUCGCCGUGCGUUAGCCACGAAUCGGUGCGGAGAGCAAAGAAAAGGAAUUUCGUGAUCUUCGGUCGGCACGUCGAGUUAAUUACAGGCUCUUUGAUUGAUCGAUUAGCAGAUAUACUUGAUCGGAAACCGAUAUGUUGGUAAGCAGAACUCGACGAGCUUACUGGUCGUCAAAGCGUGCCUCCCUUUAAGUAAAUUUCACGAUCCCAUCCCAUCCACGUGUUUCAUCCGUGCAAAUCGCACGCUUGUCAUAUUUGUUCGGCUUGGUUUUCUACGUUUUAUCUGACGUUCUCGCGCUGUACAAAGAAAAUAUACUAAUUGAACUUACCGAUCAAACGAUAAGACGACUACUUUAAUUACAGGUUAUCGAACGAGUGUUGAUCGGGAAGGAAAUCGUUUAAUUAAAAAUAAUCGAACUCGUUUUCUCCGGUAAAACGCCGGAUGAACGAACAAGCAACGAACAGAGAGAAUAAAUUUCAAUUUUUAUUAAAUUCGGCCGGAGCUGUACUGCUUUCCCUUCCGUUUUUAACAGAACGAAAUAUCCAGAGGGUAAUGUAUGUAGAAUGUUUUAUAAACAACGGAGGAGCUUUAACCCGGACUAUUAUUUACGCGGGAAAUUCUUGUAUGAGUUAUGGCGCUUGUUAACCGUGCCACGACACAUGGGCAUAGCCAGGAUUAAACAGCUUCCGCCGUUGCGUGAAAAAACUCCGAGGAAGUAUCCUGUUAGAAAUAAAAGGAAAAGGGGAUAAUUCAUUGUGAACACGGAGAUUACGGUGACGGGCUCGAAAUCGAAUAAAUAAACGUCGUUGCCUUGGCACUCUUCUCGUUGCAGAGGAUAUCCGAUGCAAAUCUCCGAGCAACUUUCGAAAGUUUUGACGACCAACGAUAGACUCGAUUAGAAUUUUCUUUGCGAUCAAAACUUUUAACAAAUCGAUGUCGUUCGACCGACUAUAAUACAGAAACGAGCGUUUCGUCGAAAAAUGUUCGCGUUCGAUGAAACGCGUGACUGUAUACGACGAUGCAAUUGCCGGAAAUUGAGUACUUCCGCGGUUUCCGUCAGCAGAAACUAAUAUUGAAGAGCGUAAUUAAUAAACACGGUAGCCCGCAGGAUAUUAAUUCCUUUGGCUCAAAUAUUUGCCUGCGAAAUUAAUUCGUACUCACUACAGCGAAAUGUCACACGGACACUCGUAAUCCAGUCAAAGAGAUAACCAUCGAGAUACACAGCAAUUAUGUUUAUAACCGGGAGAGCGACGUUUCGUCGAUCAUUCGCGUUCAACUUGAACGGCAACUCAUCCUUGUGCUCCGCUAACAAAACCGAGCACGAGGAUAAAUGUAACCGUGAAACACGAUUUUCCGAAUAAAUUGUCUCGAAAGUAAAAGCAUGUACGUUUGAAAAUAUAUUCGAUGAUCGACGUA